AUGAGCGAGACACAAGCCGAGUACCCGCUUCAAGGCAAACUGGCGCUGAUCACUGGAUGCACUGGUGGGAUUGGGCAGGCGACGGCGCGAGCCUUUGCCCGAAACGGCUGUUCAAUUGCCGUGCACCACUCCUCCGCAAGAUCGAAGGCAAAAGCUGACGCCCUCGUCUUGGAACUUAUCAAGCUGGCUCCGGGUGUACGUGCGGCGGCCUUCGAGGCAGACUUGUCCGCGUAUGACAAUGCGCAGACGCUGUGCGAUCGAGUCACCGAUAUCCUCGGACAUCCGGACAUUCUCUUCAGCAACCAUGGAGUCACCGGCCCUAGAAUUGGGCCCGAGGGCGACAUACAGAACGUCAGCGCGGAGUCAUUCGAGGAAAUUUGGCGUACGAAUACAGGAACGGGCUUCGUUCUUGUACAGAAGUGUUUGCCAUAUAUGCAGGAGAAGCAGUGGGGCCGCAUCAUUUUCACAUCGAGUGUCGCUGCCGGCACAGGCGGCGUGAUAGGGCCACAAUACGCUUCAUCAAAGUCAGCUUUGCAUGGCCUCAUACACUGGCUGUCGCUGCGCUAUUGCAAAGAGGGUAUUCUAACGAACGGUGUUGCCCCAGCGUUGAUCGAAGAAGACACGGAUAUGAUGGCCAAUCCUACGGACGCUAUCAGAAGCAAGAUACCAAUUGGACGCCUUGGCAAGCCCGACGAAAUAGCGUCAAUUGUGUUGAUGCUCGCUACCAACGGCUACAUGACGAACAAGAUUAUCGUCGCCGAUGGAGGCUGGACCAAUGGUGGAGGAUUCUGA